AUGAGUCUCCCUCUGUUCCUUCCCAUUCUGGACCCAGUGCCUCUUUCUGUUCCUGGCAAACGCGCUGUUGCCGCCGAAAACAAACAAAACAGCAAGGCAGAGCAACGCGUCAUCGAAAAGACGAACCGAAGCAUCAGCGUGUUGGACAAAGCACCGCCAGCCGCCGCUGAGCCGCCUCUAUCUGGUAACGGUCCUGGCAAUGGCACAGCCACCGGCGGCACGGACACGCGAGAAUCCAGUCCCAAGCCGCGCGCCAUUGACUACAUUCCGGAAAUUGCACUGGCCGACUUGUCGGAUGGCCAAGAGACGGACGGGUCGGGCGACGAGGAGGGCGACGAAGAGAACACGGAGACACCCCCGUCAUCCGCCAAGCAGACACCGCCAAGAGCGGUUGCCCAGCCGCCUUCCAAACGACGGCGACAAUCGGACGCGAAACGUGCACAGAGACAGCUUGCGUGGUUCUAUCACAAAUAUCGGCCAAGAAAUGCACCUGUUGUUCUGACAGAGCCGCAUCGUCGCUACCUCGAAGAUGUGGGUGCGCUGCUUGAGCUGCCCAAGGCCACGGCCGAUGCCCUGCUCUCCAUCUACGUGUCUCUGCUCGACGACCUGCUGCCCAUCGUGGACGGUGCCAGUGUCUUUCGAGGGCACAGCAAUGGCCACACGUCCAUCUACUUGGUGCGGGCCAUGUGCCUCGUGGCCUGCAAGACAAGCCAGGCUGCUCCAUUCUUGCGGCUGAGUGACAACGGUCCUACAUUGGCACCGCUCGAUUUCGCAGCUCGACUGCUUACGGGCCUCGACGCAGCCAUCAAGGCCGACCUCGAACCUGACAGGAUCACCAAGGUGCAGAUCCUGGCACUAAUGCACCUUCACAACGACGGUACGACCGGCACACGACGAGCGGCAAGCUGUCUCGCGCAGGCUGUGUGCGAGGCAUGGUCGUUGUCAAUUCAUUGGCGGCUACCGACAAUUCCCGACCAGGGCACAACUUCGACCGACUAUCUCUGGUGGUCGCUGCGAAACCUCGACCGGCUGAGCAAACCGAUCAUGGCGGCGGCGCCGUUUCUCAUCAACGACUCGGACGUCGGACUGCCGCGCAUUACUGCGACAGGCAACGGCAACAACUAUCGAGCACAGGUCAUGGCCCUUGCGACAGCACUAGGCGACCUCCUCGCGACGGCGACUACAAUCUUCAAGGCCUCGUCGAAAGCGACCGUCGACGACUGCCAGGAGUUCCCGACGUUUGCAACGGUGACGUCGGGUGCAGGUGUCCGGUUGGACUAUUUUCAUCAGUCGCAUCGGGAUGGCCAGCACACCCGUCUCCCUCCCUUGCCGCUCAUUCCAUAUGCUCUCUCCAUGGCCACCACGGUGGUCUACCGCGCCCUGCGCGACAAGCAGCGCGACGCCGUCACGUCACGUCGUGACUUGGCCCGCUGCUGCGAGGCCUUGGACGGGCUGGCACGACUGUGGACGAGCGUGGCGGCCGUAGCAAAGCUGGCACGGCGGCUGCUGCGACUGUUGGGGCUGAGAGCGGGGGAAAGACAACCGGGGCCAAACCACUACACACAGACGAAUGUGGACGGCCCAAAUGGCCUGCACGCGACGACGGCCGUGCCAGCACCCGACUGGCAGUACGCCAACAUCCCUUUGGUCACUGCCGGCGUGGCGUCCACCCUCGACUUUGAGACGCAGUUGGCCGCCGCGGACAGCUGGUCUGCUAGUUCGAGUGGCGGCGGUUUGGAAGGGCUAGACUCCUUUGAAGGUUUCGCCAACUUUGAGAGCCCGGGCACCUAUCCGCAGUUUGACGCGGCGUUCCACAACCUUUUUGACUUUGCCAUGCCCCCGGCGUUCCGCGAGCAAGAUGCAUGGGCCUUUUUUCCCACCGCCCCCACUACCGCCGCCGCUGCUCCUGCUGGAGCGAGCGUCGAUGGGAGUUCGACGGGCGGUGACUUCCCGAUGGUGGCGCCUCAUCCUUGA